UUUUCUUAAGUGGAAUCAAAAUAAUAAUUAAUGGGUGUCUAUUUCGUCAAUUAUUGUUGCAACAAAGGAUAUGAAGCCCAUAACUCCAGACACAAUGCAGAUUAAUAAGUAUAUUGCUAGUUCCCAUUUUGGGACAGCAUCACCAUAUGCCUUCCAAUAUAAAGCUACUGGUAGCAUGAUUGAAGAAGUUGGGCCUAUAACAGCUCCUGAUAUAUUAAUAAAACUUCCUAUACCAGGAACUAUCUUACUAAAGAAAUAUCAAAAACAUAGUGACAAUACAGCUCAAAGAUAAAAUUUUGACAUUGGUUUAGUUUUAAAUAAGGAUACAUAAGAGUCGAACAAACUUGAGCGAUAUCAAAUUUCUCACAGAGGAUAUACCAUUAGAGGUCAGCUAAGUCCAACAGCAGCUGUGUAAGCAACCUUUAAGUAAUCUCUUACUGCUUCAAUUGAAAUUGAAUUGAUUAAAGGAUCUGAAAUAUGAUCUCCAUAAGCAAGAUAAGGGAUGAAACAAACUAGGAAACACAAUAUUGUAAUAAAGAUAAGAGAGAAGAAUGCCAACACCUUAAAAUGCUGUGGCUGUUUCAUCGAGUCUUGGAUGUUCAUGCACACCAUAUCACCUUCAAACAUAAAGACUGCUGCUCCGAAGAAUAAAGGGAAUUCGAAGAAUUCAAGGUAGGUUACAUCUUCAAAGUCAUUAUCAGGAAUGUCACUGACUGACACUCCAAGGAUUAUGAAUAAUCAGUGGAUAAUCAGAAAUAUAGCUAUAGUUGAAAAGAAUGAAAUAGAUUUUAAAUCCAUAAACAUUCAUGUUGGGAUCAAGGCCGCCAGCAUCGCAUAUGCUUUAAAGUACUCAUCAAAGAACUUCAUGUAUGCUGUCACAGUCGACAACUGAGAUAUAGCCAAGAUUAAUGUACAGAAAUAAUAUCCAGAAUCUCCAAAUCAUCUUUGCCCAAUCUCAGCAUAUGAUUUCAAGUAGUUAUUGCAAAUUAAAAUUUGUGUUGUGUCUAAAGAAGCAUGAUCAGUAUUUGAAGCUUCUCUCUUGCAUUGAUGGUCAGGUUUGUCCCGAUAAUAGACAACGAAGAAGUAAAGAGAAUAGCAAUGGAUGCAUUCACUAUUCCUGCACGCUUUACUCAUGAAGAAAUUGAGACCACACCAAUUCCUAGG